UGGCGGACGGUGGCAUCCCUUCGCCCAGACAGUCUGACCACAAAGGCGGCUGCGGUCCGGAGCCUCGGGGAGCCGCAGGGGGGCGGACGGAAGCGGCGACUCUGCGGCCGGGGUGGGCGGCAGGGUGACUGGGGCGGGGCCAUUCCGGGAGGGCGGCGGCAGCGCUGCGACUUUUGAAGUCCAAACAGUUGUCCCGGCCGGUGCCGCGCGCCGCCUCUAGUCACCCUCUCCACCCCCGGCGCCCUGCCCGGCUGCCAGGUCCCCUCGGACCUGGGGUCGUUUUCAGGAGUUUAGAGAAAGCCAGGUCUUCAAGUUCUUGUAGGUGCGAAACCUUAGCAAGCUGCAGAGCGCAACAAAGGGAAAGGGCACCCGGGCGGCUUGCGGCCGGGGCGGCGGCCGAGUCGCGCGCGGGACCCCCGUCCCGCUGCUCACCCACCGCGUCUCUCUCUCCUCGUCUUGCCCUAGUCUUGAAGGGAUGGAGGAGGCCGAGGCCGACUGCGCCGUAGCGUUCGCGGAGGCCCAGAGAUGGGUGGAGGCAGUAACAGAGAAGAAUUUUGAAACAAAGGAUUUUCGAGCCUCUCUAGAGAAUGGUGUUCUGUUGUGUGAUUUGAUUAAUAAGCUGAAACCUGGUGUCAUUAAGAAGAUCAAUAGACUGUCCACACCAAUAGCAGGUUUGGAUAAUAUAAACGUUUUCUUGAAAGCGUGUGAACAGAUUGGAUUGAAAGAAGCCCAGCUUUUCCAUCCUGGGGAUCUACAGGAUUUAUCAAAUCGAGUCACUGUCAAGCAAGAAGAGACUGACAGGAGAGUGAAAAAUGUUUUGAUAACAUUGUACUGGUUGGGAAGAAAAGCACAAAGUAACCCCUACUAUAAUGGUCCCUAUCUUAAUUUGAAAGCGUUUGAGAAUCUUCUGGGACAAGCUCUGACUAAGGCCCUUGAAGACUCCAGCUGCCUGAAAAGGAGUGGCAGGGACAGUGGCUACAGUGAUAUCUGGUGUUCUGAACGGGGAGAAUUUCCUGCUGCUUCAGGCAAUUAUAAGAGAGAAGAUUCUUUCGAAAGCUUAGACUCUUUGGGGUCCAGGUCAUUCACAAGCUGCUCCUCUGAUAUCACGCUGAGAGGGGGCCGUGAAGGUUGCGAAAGUGACACAGAUUCUGAAUUUAUAUUCAAAAUGCAGAAUUACAAUAAAGAUGAUAUGUCCUAUCGAAGGAUUUCAUCUAUUGAACCAAAGUCUGCUUUACCGUUCAAUCGUUUUUUACCCAACAAAAGUAGACAGCCAUCCUAUGUGCCGGCACCCUUGAGGAAGAAGAAGCUGGACAAAAAUGAGGAUAACAGAAGGAGUUGGGCGAGCCCAGCCUAUCCAGAAGGAGAUGGAACAUUUCCAAGUAAUGAGAGGAGAACAUGGGGCACAAACGAGAACUGGCCAACAGCACAAGAAACUUCAACCUUCUCUUGUUAUUUGGAAGAGGAAGAAGAAAAGGCAAGCAUACCCAACACUGUAAAGGAUGAUCUUUAUGUGCGAAAGCUAAGUCCGAUCAUGCCACACCCAGGGAAUGCUUUUGAUCAGUUUCUUCCCAAAUGUUGGAUCCCUGAAGAUGUGAACUGGAAAAGAAUAAAAAGGGAAACGUAUAGACCAUGGUAUAAAGAAUUUCAGGGAUUCAGUAGAAAGAAUUCAGACUCUGAGGAUGAGGAUUCAGGCUCUGAUGGAAGCUCUGCCAUUUUUAGUAGAAUACAAAAAGCAAAGCAUAGGCUAGACAGCAACUGCCAAAAACGUUCACUCCUGCUGGAACUGGCUACCAAACGAGCCGUAGCCUCCCGGGACACCCACGCAGCCGGGAGAACCAGUGGUGCUUCGGAUGAGCCCAGUCAGUUUUUAUUACUUCAGGCCCUCCAAACAUACUCUGAUGACAUCUUGUCUUCUGAAGCAAAUAUCAAAAUUGAUCCCACUGCUGGCCCAAGGCUCAUAACACGCAGAAAGAAUCUCUCCUAUGUACCAGGGUAUACAAGAGAUGACCUCGGGAUGUCAGCCCUGGAUCCUGACUUAGAGAAUGAUGAUUUCUUUGUCAGAAGGACUGGGGCUUUCCAUGCAAAUCCAUGUGUUCUCCGGGCUUUUGAAGACUUUAGGUUUUCUGAGCAAGAUGAUCCUGUAGAACGAGAUAUAAUUCUGCAGUGUAGAGAAGGUGAACUUGUACUUCCAGAUCUAGAAAAAGAUGAUAUGAUUGUUCGCCGAAUUCCAGCACAGAAGAAAGAGGUGCCUCUGUCAGGGGCCCCAGAUAGAUACCAACCAGUGCCGUUCCCUGAACCCUGGACUCUUCCUCCAGAAAUCCAAGCAAAAUUUCUCUGUGUGCUUGAAAGGACAUGCCCAUCUAAAGAGAAAAGUAAUAGCUGUAGAGUAUUAGUUCCUUCAUAUCGUCAGAAGAAAGAUGACAUGCUGGCUCGUAAGAUCCAAUCUUGGAAGCUGGGAACUACUGUUUCUCCCAUCAGUUUCACCCCUGGUCCUUGCAGUGAGGCUGACUUACAGAAGUGGGCGGCCAUCCGGGAGGCCAGCAGGCUUAGGCACAAGAAACGGCUGAUGGUUGAGAGACUCUUUCAAAAGAUUUAUGGUGAGAAUGGGAGUAAGUCCAUGAGUGAUGUCAGCGCAGAGGAUGUUCAGCACUUGCGUCAGCUGCGUUACGAGGAGAUGCAGAAAAUAAAAUCGCAAUUGAAAGAACAAGAUCAGAAAUGGCAGGAUGACCUUGCAAAAUGGAAAGAUCGUCGAAAAAGCUACACUUCAGAUCUACAGAAGAAGAAAGAAGAGAGGGAAGAAAUUGAAAAGCAGGCCCUUGAGAAGUCUGAGAGAGGUUCCAAGACGUUUAAGGAAAUGAUGCAGGACAGGGAGUCCCGAAACCAAAUGUCUACAAUUACAUCGAGGAGGAGAAUAUAUUCUUCUGAUGAUAUAUUGAAUGAGGAAACAUUUCCCCCUACAUUGGCUAUGUCGGAAGCAAGUUACCAGAGUGAAAGGGUAGAAGAGAAGGGAACAACUUAUCCUACAGAAAUUCCUAAACAAGAUUCUACAACUUCUGCAAGAAGAGAGAACACUAUAAUAGCUGAAAUUCACCUUCCUUCCAAAAGCUCUGUGGAAGAACAACGCCCACCUACUUUGUCUUCUCUGCAUUCACUGAGUACACAGAUGGAGUCGACUCGAGUUUCAGCUUCUCUCCCCAGAAGUUACCAGAGAGCUGAUACAGCCAGGUUAACAUCUGUGGUCACACCGAGACCUUUUGGCUCUCAGUCAAGGGGAAUCUCAUCACUCCCAAGAUCCUACACGAUGGAUGAUGCUUGGAAGUAUAAUGGAGAUGUGGAAGGUGUUAGGAGAACUCAAAUCACUUCCCUCAGCAUCUCUGCACAAAAACCCGACGCAAGCCUGCCUGCUUUCAGCUCAUCCAGCGCGAGAGAGACAGCAGCAGCGGGAGAAGACAUGACGAGGUUGCCCUCUCCUACACCCACCUUCUCAUCUCUUUCCCAGGACCAGGCUGCCACUUCUAAAGCCACCUUGUCUUCAGCAUCUGGCCCUGAUUUAAUGUCUGAGCCUGGAGAAAGGAGAAGCUCACCACAGACAGAGGUCUCAAGAUCACAGGAUCAGUUCAGUGAUAUGAGAAUCAGCAUAAACCAGACACCUGGGAACGGUCUUGACUUUGGGUUUACAGUGAGAUGGACUUUUUCUGGGAUCUUCGUAGCAUCAGUUGAAGCAGGUAGCCCAGCAGAAUUUUCUCAGCUACAGGUAGAUGAUGAAGUUAUUGCUAUUAACAACACCAAGUUUUCAUAUAAGGACACAAAAGAGUGGGAGGAAGCCAUGGAUAAUGCUCAAGAAACUGGAAACCUCGUAAUGGAUAUCCGACGCCAUGGAAAGUUGGACUGGGGCAAAGACCAACCUUCCCUGCCAUUUAAACGGCAUAAAACCCUCAAUCUCACCAGUAUGGCUACCAAAAUUAUAGGUUCACCUGAAACAAAGUGGAUUGAUGCAACUUCUGGAAUUUACAACUCAGACAAAUCUUCAAAUCUAUCAGUAGUGACUGAUUUCUCAGAAAGCCUUCAGAAUUCUAAUACUGAAUCCAAGGAAAUCAAUGGAAUUCGUGAUGAAAGCAAUACUUUUGAAUCAAAAGCAUCUGAACCUAUUUCUUUGAAAAACUUAAAAAGGCGAUCACAAUUUUUUGAACAAGGAAGCGCCGAUUCUGUGGUUCCUGAUCUUCCAGUUCCGACCAUCAGUGCCCCGAGUCGGUGGGCAUGGGAUCAAGAGGAGGAGCGAAAGCGACAGGAGAGGUGGCAGAAGGAGCAGGAUCGGCUGCUGCAGGAAAAAUAUCAACGUGAGCAGGAGAAACUAAGGGAAGAGUGGCUGAGGGCCAAGCAGGAGGCAGAGAGAGAGAAUUCCAAGUACUUGAAUGAGGAAUUGAAGGGCCUAAACUCAAACAGUAUUUCUCUGACCACACGGGCACCUGCUCUUGCCACCUGGGAAGCCACUUGGGGUGAAGGGUCCAAGUCUUCCGACAGCGAAGGAACCCGAGCAGAAGAGGAGAGGCGACAGCAUCAAGAGGACAGUGUGAAUGAGGACCAAAGAAAGAAGCUGCAGGAACAACUCACUCUUGAGAAAGAGAGGAAGCUGAAGGAGCUGCAGUAUCAGGAAGAGCAGGCGCAGAAGCAGCGUCAGGUGGAGGCGGAGGAGCAGAAACGCCGUGCGGAGGAGCAGACGCGCCUGGUGGAGAGAGAGAGGGAGACGUCAGUCAGAAUAUACCAGUAUAGAAGGCCUAUUGAUUCCUAUGAUAUACCAAAGAGAGGAGAAGAAUCUUCAGGUUUGCUUCCUAGUGACAGGAAUAAAUCCAGGUCCACUACUGAACUGGAUGGUUACCCCACAAAUAAAAAUGGAAGCAAUAAAUAUGUGGACAGAAUUGGGAGCACCAGCUCGACACAGAAGAGCUCCAAGAAGGAACAAGUCCCAUCAGGAGCAGAGUUGGAGAGACAACAAAUCCUCCAAGAAAUGAGGAAAAGGACAUCCCUCCACAAUGACAACAGCUGGAUCCGACAGCGCAGUUCUAGUGUAAAUAAAGAGCCUAUUUCUCUGCCUGGGAUUAUGAGAAGAGGUGAAUCUCUAGAUAACCUGGAUUCCCCAAGAUCCAAUUCUUGGAGACAAUCCCCUUGGCUCAAUCAGCCUUCGGGAGUCUAUGCUUCUUCCUCUGUUCAAGACUUCAGUCGCCCACCACCUCAGCUGGUGUCCACAUCAAACCGUGCCUACAUGCGAAAUCCAUCCUCCAGUGUACCCGCUCCUUCAGCUGGUUCUGUGAAGACCACCACUGCACCUUCCCCCGCACCACGCAGCCAUCCCCCUUCAACGGCACAGGCAGGCUCCCAGCUACGCAAUAGGUCAGUCAGUGGGAAGCGCAUGUGCUCCUACUGUAAUAACAUUCUGGGCAAAGGAGCUGCCAUGAUCAUCGAGUCCCUGGGUCUUUGUUAUCAUUUACAUUGUUUUAAGUGUGUGGCCUGUGGGUGUGACCUUGGAGGCUCUUCCUCAGGAGCCGAAGUCAGAAUCAGAAACAACCAGCUGUACUGCAAUGACUGCUAUCUCAGAUUCAAAUCUGGACGGCCGACCGCCAUGUGACGUAAGCCUGCAUACGAAGGCACUGGUGCAGAUAGAAGAGGAGGUGGCCGCUGCUGGUGUAGAUCUAUAAAUAUACAUUGGAUGUCUUUGUGCUCUCUUUUUUAAGAAGAAUAACAACUUUUUUGGCCUCUUUAGAUUACAUCAGAGCAUUAUAGUCUUAGUGGAACCUGUAUUUUUGUUGUUGUUUAUUUAUAAGCAGGUAAUUAUGUGUGGGGGGAAAAGUGCAGUAUUUUUUUGAAUUCAUCCUAAAAGCACAAGGGAAAAAUAAGAACUUCAAAAUAUUUUUGAGGCUGGUAAUGCUCGAGUUUGACUUUCUAGUGGUAUUUUGAAGAGGGUUAUUUUAUUUUUUUUUUUCAAAGGUUCUGAAACAUUUGAAAUCGUUAAUAUAAAUAUGUAAUUGCAUUUGCUCUGUGUAUUGUAAUGUAUACUAAAUGCAGAACCAUACGGAAAAUUUCACAACUCACCCCCACAUUUCCUUUCUGGAUCUUCUUUUCAUCUAUGUAAUACUAUGAUUAAAAAACAAUUUAGCUUAUAUAACAUUUUAUUUGCUUGAUGAGGGGAGCUUUAUUGUCUUCACCAGAAUUGUCGCUAACCAAUUUCCAAUAGAAAGCUCUUGUUUUCAUUAAUAAAAAAUCAUGGUCUGUAUGCCGGAAGUUUUCUCCAGAAACUAGUGAGCCUUUCUGUUCAACUGCAUUUGUAAAUAAACUUGCUGAUGCA